GCGCACCACGGCGGGGCGCAACCAGGAGCGCGGCAGGACUCGGGGCGCUGCUUGGGAUCUACCACAGCGGAACCGAGGGUGGAAAUCACUUACAUCUGGUUGUGACAGCCCCUCUUGAGCCCUGCAUGCCUUUCCUUCUGGAAGGAACACACAGUCCUUGAGACUUCACCGGGUUCUCCUUGAUGGCUGAGGAAGAGGAUUGAGUUUGUGAUAAGAUCAGGUGUCCAUGGCAGGCUGGGCCCUAUGCAUGGCCCUGCUGCUGGCAGCACUGGCAGGGACAGAGGGUGAGACCCGCUAUCAGAAGUUCCUGCGGCAGCAUGUGGACUACCCCAAGACGACCUCAAUUGCGGCACACCGCUACUGCGAGAUCAUGCUGAUGCGAAAGGGAGUGACAGUCACAGGGCAGCCCUGCAAGCCCACCAACACCUUCGUGAAUGCUCCAUCAUGGAGAGUGGUAGCUGCCUGCUCCCAGACACCCGAUGCAGCAGGGUUCUACACCACCCCAACAGCCCUGAGCCUCACAACUUGCCGCCUGCGUGGAGGGAACACCCGGCCCCCUUGCUCCUACCGGGCCCAGCAGCUCCAGCACCAUGUGCGUGUCGCCUGCCUUAAUGGGCUGCCCGUGCACCUUGCUGGCACCCAUGCACCAGCAGGUUAGUGGGGUUUGAUGUGGUGAAGCUUCAGAUGGAGAUGUGGAUUCUCCCUCCCUCUGGGACCCCCAUUAGGACCUUCAAUAAAGGAGGUGCCACAGGCCUAGGGUCUGGCAUCAUGGAA